AGCUUGAGUAUUUGGUGUUCAAAUUGGUGAUCAGCGGGGAAAUUAGAGGGUUGAUGUACAGUCGUCGGCCGAAGACAGCCGAGGGUUCUCGGUGUAGCGUUCACUGCGGUGACGCUGCGCCACUUUAACUGGGCCCUGUCUGAUACUUAGCCAUCCAGCUAACACUGGCUGGAAGUCGACGAACCACGCAGAAUUACGGAACACAUCAGGGAUGGAGUCACAGAACCUUGUGGACGAUCUGUCGCCAAAGAAGACCACAGUCCUCAAGCAUAGUAAUGGUCCUGUUGUGGGGUCACGCAAGCGUCCAUCAGAGGGAAACUAUGAGAAGGACAAAGAACACUGCAUCGCACUGUUUGACCAAUGGUCAGAGGCCGACCAGGUGGAGUUCGUCGAGCGCCUGAUCUCCCGUAUGUGCCACUAUCAGCACGGCCACAUAAACUCCUACCUCAAACCCAUGCUGCAGAGGGACUUCAUCACUGCGCUGCCAGCCCAAGGCUUGGAUCACAUAGCGGAGAACAUCCUGUCUUUCCUGGAUGCACGCUCGCUGUGCUCGGCGGAGCUGGUGUGCAAGGAGUGGCAGAGGGUCAUCUCUGAGGGCAUGCUGUGGAAGAAGCUCAUUGAACGCAUGGUCCGCACUGACCCGCUCUGGAAAGGCCUGUCUGAGAGACACCAGUGGGAGAAAUACCUGUUCAAGAUUCGCACAUCAGAAGUCCCACCCAACUCCUACUAUCACUCCCUUUAUCCCAAGAUCAUUCAAGACAUAGAGACUAUUGAGGCCAAUUGGCGAUGUGGCCGACACAACUUGCAGAGGAUUCAGUGUCGCUCAGAAAACAGUAAAGGGGUUUACUGUCUUCAGUAUGACGAUGACAAGAUCAUCAGUGGCCUUAGGGACAAUUCCAUCAAGAUCUGGGAUAAGCAGUCUCUGGAGUGCCUGAAGAUACUGACCGGCCACACAGGCUCAGUGUUGUGUCUGCAGUAUGAUGAGAGGGUCAUCGUCACCGGGUCUUCUGACUCAACUGUCAGGGUGUGGGAGGUAAUGACGGGUGAGGUACUUAACACACUGAUCCACCACAACGAGGCAGUUCUUCACCUGCGCUUCGCCAACGGCCUGAUGGUCACCUGCUCAAAGGACCGUUCAAUUGCAGUUUGGGACAUGGCCUCACCCACUGACAUCAGCCUACGUCGGGUCCUGGUGGGACACAGGGCCGCUGUCAACGUGGUUGAUUUUGACGAUAAAUACAUUGUGUCCGCAUCGGGGGACCGCACCAUCAAGGUAUGGAGCACCAGCACCUGUGAGUUUGUUCGCACUCUAAAUGGUCACAAGCGAGGUAUUGCCUGUCUACAAUACAGGGAUCGUCUCGUGGUCAGUGGCUCAUCUGACAACACAAUCCGGUUAUGGGACAUAGAAUGUGGGGCAUGUUUGCGAGUGCUGGAAGGUCAUGAGGAACUGGUGCGCUGCAUUCGUUUCGACAACAAGAGGAUUGUCAGCGGCGCCUACGACGGUAAGAUCAAGGUGUGGGACCUGCAGGCAGCCCUUGACCCACGAGCCCCCGCCAGCACAUUAUGUCUGCGCACUCUAGUGGAGCACUCUGGCCGAGUGUUCCGUCUCCAGUUUGAUGAGUUUCAGAUCAUCAGCAGUUCUCACGACGACACCAUUUUGAUCUGGGACUUCUUGAACGUCUCAACCAACGGGCAGUCAGAGGGACGGUCUCCCUCCCGCACCUACACUUACAUUUCUAGAUAGCAGGUGGCGCCGCCCACCGCACCCUUCCUUGGAGGAGCCCAGGGCUGAUUAGCUGAUGGAUGCAUCCAUCAUGGAAAGGAGCCCAUCUCUUCUCUUUCCUCCUCGUCAUCUCUCUGUCCACAUCCCACCCUGACCCCGCCACCUCCUCCUCCCCCUGCCCGUUCUGACAGACUCUCAAGCUUGUGCCCUUUGCCUGCCAGUACCGUGACAUGUACACACAGACACGCACAUACACACAGGUCAACACUGAUGAGGAUGCCCUACUACAGAACCAAUGCAACCCUCCCAAGAAGUUCACCUUCUGCUGUUAAUUUAUGUUUUGUAAAGUACACUAAUGGCAGUAUUAACUUAGAUCUUAUAUAAGUCACAGGCUCCCUUUUCUCCCUUUUGAUAGAAACUUCAAGCAGCUUCUGCUCCUCAGUUUUCAAUCCCUGCCAAACAGGCUCCCACAGAUAUGGAAUCGCUUAUAGAUAUAUAUUUAUAUAUACAUAUAUAUUACACUCACAGACACACACACACACACACACACACACACACACACACACACACACACACACACACACACACACACACACACACACACACACACACACACACACACACACACACACACACACACACACACACACACACACACACACACACACACACACACACACACACACUGGCACAGUUGGACAGAGGAUGACCGGAGCUGUGAUGCGGGAGACAGAGACUCUUUACUCAGCUCUACAAAAGGAGGGAAGGAUGGGUGACGGAGAGAGUGAACGAGGGAGAAAAGGUGUCAGGAUUGACUUCCUGGCUCCCUCUCACUCCCUCUCACUCCUCCCUGUCUUUCUCAAACCCCCCACCCCCGACCCCGCCCCCUCCCUUCGCUCCAUCCGCUCGAACACCCAGAGAUGCACACUUGCUUGGAAUACGGGGCACGCACACUCAAAUUCGAGUGCGUUUGUGGACUUAUGUGAAACGGCAGAACAGGGCAGAAGCGUCAAACAAACAGACAUGCAUGUGAGGUUGCCUUGGAUACAGCAUCCCGGCACGCCUCUGCUUUUUUUUUUCUCUAACUCUUACUUUCUUACUGUUUUUUAUUACUGUUAUUUUCUAAUUUUAUUUGAGUAUUUUGGUUCUUAGUACCAACAUCAUACUAAGCGUAGUCCUCUUUCUCUUUCCCUCUCUCUUACUGUCUUUUUCCUCAUUCUUUCUUCUAACUUUGACCCUUGUUCAUCUGUCCCUUUCACUCCAUCUUUCUCUCCCCCCAUCAUCUACGUGCUUGCUUUGGUUAUGAGAGAAGCUGGAACUCAAGAGCUCAAAUUUAGCUGUAAACGGAGUUGUCUUGUCAAAAAUUGUGUUGUAUAUUAAAAAUGAUUUUUUAAAGAAGAAAAUGACCUUAUUGUGAAUAAAGUACUUGGCAGUGA